GCCGUUCUCGCCUAUGUUGGAUUCACCGAGUGAUGGAGUGGGAAAGCAGCAGCAGUCUCGCCAGGACCCAGAACCAACUCGCAGCUGAACUGAGACGGUGGUGGUGGUGAGCGGAGGGUGCGUCAUCGCGAGGGUAGUUUGCUGGCAGCUGUUCGGCGCCUAGAUGCUGCAAGGCAGCGGCCUAAGGUCGCCCCUCAGCCUGCGCCUGGGCAUCAGUGAAACGCAGAACCCUUUCUGCUCCCUUUUGUCCCUGGGCAUGGCAAACCCUCCGGCGCAGGCAGACAAUGAGGAAGUCUUUCUCGAAAACGGUCUGCUGAGCUAUGAGAACCCGAACUACCACCUGGACCCGGCGCGGCUGGACGACGCGCUCAACUCAAACGACCCCGAAGCGGCGGCCGCGCUCUACAAGGAGCUUUACCACGAGUUAGACGCCGUGUGCAAUCUGCAGAGCCGCGGCGGCAGCGGCAGCGCCGGGGCCCGGCGCCACUACGCCGCCCUCGACCUCGGCGCCAUGGGGGUCGAUGUCAGCGCCGGCCCGACGCUCAAGUGCGUCCUUCUCGGCGCCGCCCACUCGCCUGACAGCGAAAACAACAGGACAAAUAGCGAGGCCGGACUGGACAACAUGGGCCGCCGGCCGCAGCAACAGUACCCUGGGGCCGACGAGAAGCGGCGCUCCAGUCCGCGGCCCGACCUCAUCGAGAACGUGCUCGAGUCGCAGCGGGCGUGCGACAGCAUCUCGGAGAAGUCGAUGGACCUGAGCUCGCCCGAAGAGCAGGGCGAGAUUCCGCACCUGCCCGGACAGCUGAACGCCGACGAACUGUACGCCGUGCCGGUCAAGCGGCGCGAGCGCAACUGGAAGAACAUCGACGAGCCCGCCGAGCAGAAGCAGCCCCUGCUGAACCCUGACGACGAGGACGAGACUGAAGAGACCCUUCCUCCUGGCUGGGAGAAACAUGAAGAUAAUGACGGUCCAUACUUCUGGCAUAUCAAAAGCGGCACAAUUCAGAGGGAACCUCCUCAGAGCGACAAGAAGGUGGAUGGCAAGAGAGUCACACUGCGGGACUCUGAGAACAUGAUGCCAUUUCCCACCGGGGUCACCCGUAGCAGCACCAGUUCGGCCUUGGAGGAGCUGCAGGAGGGCGGCAAGAGGAAAGAGGACCGAAGGGAGGAAAUGGCUUACAAACGCCGCAGCUAUCCAGCUCGAAUUGAGCCAGAAGCCAAGGAGAGAUCCAUCCGAUUUGCAGUCCGCUCCCUUGGCUGGGUGGAAAUCGCCGAGGAUGACCUGACCCCUGAGAGGAGCAGCAGGGCUGUCAACAAAUGCAUUGUGGAUUUGUCGCUAGGCAGAAACGACCUUCUUGACGUCGUUGGACGAUGGGGAGACGGGAAAGAUCUGUUCAUGGACUUGGACGAAGGUGCUUUGAAGCUGAUAGAUCCAGAGAACCUGACUGUUCUCAACACGCAACCCAUUCACACAAUCAGGGUGUGGGGAGUUGGCCGGGACAACGGAAGGGAUUUCGCAUAUGUGGCGCGCGACAGAGGAACCCGAAAGCACAUGUGCCACGUAUUCCGCUGCGACAUCCCCGCGCGGACGAUCGCCAACACGCUGCGGGACAUCUGCAAGAAGAUCAUGAUCGAACGCUCCCUGCAGCAGAACCUGGCCAAGCCCAUCGACAUCAGCGCAGUCGGGUCUGCACGAGCUGGACUCGCAGUCAGACCGACCAACCUGCCAACUGAACACAGGCGCUUCCACUCAAGAAAUGGUCAGAAUUUAAUUACUCAAUCUUUCCCUACACCGAUGGAAGAACCAAAAAAGGUGCUGAAGGCGAUGUAUCUAGGUGCAAUGCAGGUGACCAAGUCCACCGGAAUGGAAAUCCUGAAUGACGCCAUCGAGAAGAUGAUGUCAAACAACCCCAAAGAGCAGUGGAAAACUGUCAACGUCGCUGUCGCCCCGUCUAUGAUAUCCAUCUCUCUUCCGGGGGAUGAUGAACAGAUCGUCACUGAGUGUCGAGUGCGCUACUUGUCUUUCUUGGGCAUCGGAAAAGAUGUGAAGCAGUGUGCCUUCAUAAUGCACACAGCACAAGACUUAUUUAUUGCUCACGUUUUCCACUGUGAGCCGUCGUCGGGAGCUUUGUGCAAAACAAUAGAGGCUGCUUGCAAAUUGAGGUAUCAGAAGUGUCUUGAUGCACACCCAAACGGACUUGGUCAGGGUUUGGCUGAAGCGGCCAACAAUACGGGCAAAGGCCUCGGCGCUACCCUCAAGUCUUUGGUCGGCUCACUCACGGGACGUAAGGGCAAAGGCGGCUCGUUAGAAUCCUGAGAUGAGGCCUCGGCUUUACAGGAUGGCUCAUGGAGUCCGCCUGUAGAGCGCGAGGUAAUCCCACACAGACACUUGCAGUCACCAAUGACGUGUGAAAUGUUCAGUGGCGCUGCCGACGAGGCCGCCAACAGUGAAUCUGAGGACGAAGAAAACGAGGAGGAGAUCGACACCUCUGUGCCCGACGCGAUGGGCAAAAAAUCCUGGUAUUAGAAUGCGAUUAAGUGACAAGGACAGACAGACUGUGCCAUGUGUGGUCAUUGCCGAGUGCGCUUCAUCUCUCAAAAGUUGACAGAAUAACCGCUAAAUCAGCAGCUUUGUACUAGUGUGGAUAGCAAAAAAUCUCUCACCGAGAAACCGGCCGCCCGAAACAGCGAUUAACGCUUCAUUCCUUUCAAAAAGAGAAUUUCUUGUUCCAUUUAUCCGAGAAGAGCGCAUGUUUGUGUUUCUUGCGUUUGCCUCGCCAGCAGGGGAAAUUCGGGCGGCUGCCCACACACACACUAAUGUAACAGAAACCGUGUAUAUUGUGUACAAACUGGAUUGAGCAAGCACGAGGCCAGCACACCAAACCUAUUUAAUCUAUAACGAGUAAAUAUACACGACGGCAAGAGGUAAAAACAAAGAGGAACGGGAGGCACACAAAGAAACACACUCUCAGUGAGCGACUAGGCUGCUUUUCAGUGAGUCAUUGGCAGCUUUUCGCGCAUGAAAAACGGGGAAGAAUCAAAGUUAUAGAGGUAGUAUAUUUGUGGGUCCAUUACUGAUGAACACUCAGUGCUCGACGAGAGCUAGUGCGUCGUUAUUUCUUGUAGCGCGUUCCGGCUGCAGCCCAAAAAUUAUAAUCAUAAACACACACACACACACACACGCUGUAUGAGUGUAAGUAAGAAGUACAUCCCGCCCGUGCAUCUCGCAUACAACAAACCUAAUCUCAUUCACAAGUCUGCUCAUCCCGGUACACAGACUUUUUAAUGUAUAUUAUGCUUCUGAUUUUUGUAUAUCUUUUAUAUCGAUUCUUUUUAAGUUGGCGUUCCAAACCAGGGCAACUCGAGACUCUAUUAUUUUACCUGUUCGAAGCUAUGAUUUUAUUCCGGCAGAGUAGUACAUGUGAUAUUUUGUAAAUAGGACUUUCGCUUAAUUUAAGUUUCCCCUGCGAACAUAUUUGAACGGGGGAGUGCCAUAUAGAAUAUGUGUGGGCAGUGUUCUCUUCGCGAGCUGAUUUUUGCCAAAUUCCUGCGCCGUUUCCUUUCCCAACAGUGGUGGAGAUUUGACUGAUUCGAGAUUGCCUUGGCAAUUGAACACUGACAAUACUUCAAUGUCACUUAAAGUAACCAUUUGUAAGCUAAUCGCCCAAAGUUUGCCAAACAUCAGCCAAAUCUACUCCCACCAUUUAAUAGUAGUGAUUUCUCUGUACUUGAACGCUGUUUGUUGGAAUUAUCUACAUGUGCCUCUGAUUAAGUAGUGGAUCGAACGAAGAGUAAUUUUACUUUAGGUGUGUAAUCCUGAAAUAUUGCCCUGGCCCUUUUUUAUUUAUUCUUUACAUUAAAGAGCGGUAUUCCCUGUAAUUAUAAUUCUUCACACAUCCCAGAAACCGACGCUGGAGAGUUAACUAAGGCGAAAAUAAUCUCACCUUUCUCAUAUAUUGAACCUCACGUGCGAAUAAAUUGUUAACUGUCCAGAAAUAGCAAGUGCAUCCUUUGAAGUAAGGUGAAUAAUAAUCAAAUUAUGAUGAAGUGCGGCGCGCGCGAAAGAGAAAAAUAAUCCUUUGAGUGUAAGAGCAAAAAUGAUUACGGAAAAGGAAGACAAGUGAAAAUUUUGUCUCGUCCCCAAGCAAACUAUAGAGAAAAUAAUCAGUUUGAAUGUGUAAAACUACUCUUAAGGCAGCAAAACACAAUUGUAAUCGGAUAAUUAGCAUCAGUAUGUACAGACAGUAGGUCGCAAAUUGCAUGCAGCAACAAAGACACACUUAAUUAACACAAAAACACUCACACACUUGACGACAAAAGAUAUAAAGAUUUUGCGUUCGGUGUUCGUUUCCUGCCCUCGAGCCACAAACGUACUCUGCGAGUGGAAUUAUGCGCGGCAUUUGCAGAAACACCUUUCAGGGUCAGCCACAGCUUCGUAAUUCUGUACUCGAUUCAUGCACCUUGCUAGAUCUAUUGAAUUCCUCGAGGAAAAGCCACAAGAGAGCGGCGUGCCUGCGUGUCUUUUAGGAGUGCGAGUCGUAAUUAUAAUUCUUCCUUCAGUAUUGCAGUCGCUGCAUUGUUGCGCCAGCACGCCACUGCUGCUGUGCCCAUUUUGCAUUGGUUGCAUUUGCUAUGCAGGUGGUACAAAAGUGUGUUCCGACGAUCAGAGCUGUUGUUAAUUGUUGUUGUUGUUUUGCGCUUGAUAAUGCAUCUUUCAAAACCUAAAAAAUCCCUUCGAAAUCACAAACACACACACACACACUUGGGUGGUAGCGAAAUUUAUAUUCAAAUAGACCAUCUACCUUUUGGUCAAAGCAGUGUGGCUCGCACUGUCUUUGGAUACUUACAAGAAAAAAAUAGGCACCUUAUACAUACUACUGCAUGAGAGAUUAUAAACAUGUGAGCAGAUUUUUGAUGAGAAAAUGUUGAAUGGAUUAAAUUUUUAUUUUUUAGAUAAAGAAGAUGAUGUAAUGAAAUGGAAAGUGUUUUCCGUGGUUAUAUCGAUGUGUGUAUUGAAAAUGGCAAUUUUUGCAUCUUUUGGACUAAUUGGAAAUAAAUCAACACUCCUCUGUUUUUAGGUACAUGGUCUAUUGAAAUGAAUACCGAUUUGCUCUCUAAAAUGGAAAAAAAUAUUGUAAAAACAUGAUUAAUGAUAAAUUGCCUUUUCUGUGAAUAAAUAAUAAUUAUUUCAAUUAAA